CCGGACCCGGCAGUGCCCGCUCGGCUCCGCCCCGCCCCGCCGCGGCCCCGCCAGCCCCUGCCCGGUGCCGCCCGGCCGGGAUGCGGGGCCCGGCGGCGGCGGCCCUGGGGGCCGGGGAGAAGCGCCGCUGCGGGGGCUCCCGGCGCGGAUGCGAGCCCUACCCACCCUCCGGGUGAUCCCCGGACCCUGCCAGACGACCCGCCAGCCCCCCGAGGAUGAAGACGCUGGUCCGGCUCUUCCUAACGUUGGUGUGCGCAGCGGUGGUUGCCGUGCUGUACGUCCUGCUGUGCUCCCACGCCUGCCUGCGGCCGUGCUGCUGGGCCCCGGGGAAGCGGGGCAGCCCCACGGCACCCGCCACCCUCAGCUUCCAGGGGUACAGCCGUGUCCCUGACGGGAAGCCCCUGGAGCGAGUGCUGUGCAGCCGCUGUGCCAUUGUCUCCAGCUCGGGGCAGAUGCUGGGCUCACACCUGGGACAGGCCAUCGACAGGCACGAGUGUGUCCUGCGCAUGAACCAUGCCCCCACCGCCGGCUACGAGGAGGAUGUGGGGGCGCGGAGCACUGUCCGUGUGGUGUCGCACACCAGCGUCCCACUGCUGCUGAGGAACCAGCCCUACUUCUUCCAGCAGUCCCAGGAGACCCUCUACAUCAUCUGGGGGCCUUCAAAGAAGAUGAACCGGGAGAAGGUGGGCUCGACCUACCGGGCGCUGCUGAAGGUGAUGGAGACAUACCCCCGCCUGCAGAUCUACACCCUGACCGAGGAGAAGAUGGCAUAUUGUGACGAUGUCUUCCAGAACGAGACGGGGAAGAACAGGAUGAAGUCCGGCUCCUUCCUGAGCACAGGCUGGUUCACAAUGACCCUGGCCAUGGAGCUGUGUGAGCAGAUCUAUGUCUUCGGCAUGGUCAGCGACAGCUACUGCAGGGAGAAGAACCACUCGAGCGUGCCCUACCACUACUUCGAGAAGGGUCGGCUGGAUGAGUGCAGGAUGUACCUGGUGCACGAGCAAGCCCGCCGCGCCGGGCACCGCUUCAUUACCGAGAAAGCCAUCUUCUCCCGCUGGGCCAAGAGGAGGAACAUUGUCUUUGCCCACCCGUCCUGGGCAGGUGGGUAGGGCACCAGCCAUGGGGUGAGGCCCGGCAGCAGGGCAGCUGUCAUCCUGCAAUGACAUGUCUCGGCUUUGCUGGUGCCAUUGUUGAAAGCCUUUUGCUGAGCACUGGAGUAGGGAGUCUCCAUGUCUGCAGUAGCAGGGCUGGUUCCCCCAGCUGGUGGGUGGACUUGGACCCACCAUGUUAGUGCAUGGGGGGCAUGAACUGGACCCACGGAGCCCCAUCAGCUCCAAACACCUGCCCAGAUGAACCCAGAGCAGCCACAAAGGUUUUCCACUCGCUCUACCAGGAUGAAUAUUUAAUGUGGGAUUAAACAUUCACGCUGGUGGGCUCCAGCACAACACGGGCAGGAGAGCGCAGCCCCACCAGUGCCACGAUUUUGUGCCUCUCCCAGGAAUGAAGCUCCACCAUGGUCUGUGUCCCACUUGCACCCCAACACCCGGCACUGGGCGUGGGAGGCAGGGAGCCAGGUCUGGGCUCCCCAUCCUGCUGCCUUCGGCUGCUCUGUACCCAGGCAGGUCCCUGCAGUCCCCUGCAUCCCCCCAGCUGGGAAGCCCAGGGGCCACACACACCCCAGGGGCUCUAAAUUGCCUUGUCACAAGUGCCCUUGGAUUCAGACCAAAGCAAACAUGGCCAUUAAAAGUGUUUUUAACUUGG